UGUUCUUGCCCUUUUCUUUUCUUUUUAAACCUUAAAAAAUGAGUUGGACCACCUUAGAAUCAGAUGCUGGAGUGUUUACUGAUUUGAUUGAGAAUCUUGGAGUCUCAGGUGUUGAAGUUGAAGAACUAUACACGUUGGAUGAAGAGACUUUGCGCAACUUUUCAGAUAUCUAUGGGAUUAUUUUCUUGUUCAAAUGGAAGAAGCCUGAUGGAAAACCUGAUGGUGAACUCGACUAUGAAUCAAUAGAUCGUAUUUUCUUUGGUCAACAAGUCAUAAAUAAUGCAUGUGCUACUCAAGCUCUUUUAUCCGUUUUGCUGAAUCACAAUGAGGAAAUUGACUUGGGAUCCAAGUUAACAGAAUUUCGAGAAUUCACAAAACUCUUACCUCCCGAUCUCAAAGGAGAAGCACUGGGCAAUUCUGAGGAUAUUCGCUGUGCCCAUAAUUCUUUCGCUCGAUCGGACCCUUUUGUGAGUGAUGAAACUAAGGUUGCGACAGAAGAUGAUGAUGUCUACCACUUUAUUGCAUAUACGAACAUUAACGAUAUCUUUUACGAACUAGAUGGAUUACAACCUGCACCCAUUAAUCACGGCACGUGUACAAAGGAAGAGUUCCCUAGACGUGCUGUUUCUACUAUACAAUCAAGAAUUGGCAAGUACGACGCCAGUGAAAUCCGGUUCAAUCUGAUGGUCAUCUCCAAGGAUAAGCGUCUCACUAUUUUAAACAAUCCUGAUUUAACGGAUGAAGAAAAGGCGGCCUCUAUUGCUGUUGAAGAUGAAAAACGUGCACGAUGGAAACGUGAAAAUCAACUUCGUCGACAUAACUUUUUGGGACUAAUCGUUGAAUUAUCUAAGUUGUUGGCUAAGGAUCGGAUUACCAGAAAUACAUGGGACACCACCUUAGAAGAAGCUAAGAAUAAGUACUCUGUCGGAAAAUAGUGUCAUAUUGACUACCUUUUCGUCCCCGAUAGGAUAACAUACAUUUAUGUUAAAUCGCAUAUAUCUCGAAACCCAACUAGAAAUGACAUAACGUACUACGUUGUAUGAUUGCCAGUAUACUAACUCAAAACAAGAUGAUUUCUUCAACUUUUUGUUUACAUAUAGAAUAAGCUACUACUCAUUUCUCCUUAUAACUGAAAAGCUUAUAAAUACUUAUUAUUACAAUUAAUUACUGACAAAGAUAAUUCGUCGCAAUAUAAAUAAAUUCAUAGCACUCUCGAGUUCUUGACUUCACAUUUGCACCGCCUAUGCAAAUUACAUUGCUCUAUGUUUUCAUGGUAUAUUAGAAAAGCAAUUUUGCAACAGAACUUCGCAAAGAAAAUCGCGAUAUAUUACCCAUUCGAAGUCAUCUUUCGAUGGCUUUCCUCAGUGACUAAUUUAAAUGACCUUAUUAAUCAGUAUGUCUAGUAUAGUGUAUUAAACAAAUAAUGAGGAAGCUCGUUCUUUCUAGUUUGUAUGGAUUUCCAAAACAUCGUUUCGUUAAAACACUAUACUUAACAUACUAGAUUACCUCUCGGCCUCUCCUGCAACUUGAUGUUCUAAAUUAGUUUUAGCCCAGGCACUCAUAUCCACUUCCAUAUUUUGAUACUUGAGAAUCCAAGGAUGAUUGCUCAACUCUUGAUAGCCGGGACGCAAAGAAGGAUUUUUCCGAAGACAUCUAUUUACAAAAUCAUGAGCUUCCGGAGAAAAUGAAUUUGGCAAUUUUGGAGGUUCCCCAUCACAAAUUGCAGAAAGCUGAGCAAAAAUGGAUGUAUAAGAAUCAGGAGGAUAUGGGUAACAACCAAUUGCCAUUUCUAGUAUGGUUAAACCCAAAGACCAAAUAUCAGCUUGCACAGUGUAAGUUAAUACACCGUUACCACCGCCACCUACACGAAUCCUUUCGGGUGCCAUGUAAGAUUGACAGCCGAUAUUAGUCUUCGAGAUUGAAGCUACCAAAUUUCCACUAACUCCAAAAUCACACAACUUGAUUUGUCCAGAGGAGUUAACGAGUACAUUCGUUGGCUUAACAUCACGAUGAAUAAUGUUGUGUUCUUCUUUAAGUGUUUUUAGGCCUUGUAAAACAGCGUAAGCAAUACGAGCCAAGACACCCUCAUCAGUAAUCCCACCUAUAUAUAAUUUAUCCAUGCUUCCAACGUCCAUGUACUCCAUGCAAAUGAAAACAGAACCCUCAACAAAAAACGCGCCAUAAAAGUCUACAAUAUAAGGGCUUGUAGCUUUAUGUAAAAUAUCAAGUUCCAUUAGAAUUUGGUUAAAUGUGGCUUCCUCUAAAGAAAGACGAAUUUCUUUCACUGCCAUUGUAACACCACUCGGUCGGUGUAACGCUUUAUAUACAACUCCAUAAUUGCCCUUACCUAACUCAGCAAGUUUUAUAAUUUCAGACAUAUUAAUUCUAAAUGAAGAGCCAGAAGAAAAAUUGACACCA